UGAAGAAGAAGAAGAAGAAGAAGAGAUGGGCGUAAUAAGAGGGAAGAUAUGUCACGAAUUUCCGGUGGAAGCUCCGGCGAGUGUGGUCUGGCAAUCGUACAGAGGGCUUGAGCUUUCCCGGCUAGUGAACGAGCUGAUGCCUCACCUCGUCGGCACCGCGGAAGUCGUCGAGGGCGAUGGAUCCGCCGGCACGAUUGUCAAACUCAUUUUUCCUCCAGGAACUCCGGGAAUCGGAUAUCUAAAAGGAGUGUUCAGAAUCAUGGACGACGAGAAGCGUGUGAGGGAAUCGGACGUGUUCGAAGGUGGUUAUCUCCAUCUCGGGUUUGAUCGAUAUACCAUUCGCAUCGAGAUCGUUGACGAUGAUGUCCACAUGCAUCGUAGUAUUGUCAGAUCGACAGUCAAGUACGAGCUCAAGGAUGACUCGAAAGCUCACCUCCUUUCGCAACUCUCGAUCCAGAUGCAUAUCACUAUUGCACACGUCGUCGGUGAUUACAUUGUCAACGAUCGCAAAAAACUGACUCAUCCUUCGUGAACCAUGUUAUGCGCAAUGCUUUGCUUGGUUUGGUAAUAAAUAAGUGAAAGACUAUUUGUGGU